UCUGUGUUAUCACUGAUAGUAUCGGGCUGUGGUAUGGUAAUUAUGGUAUAUAAAAAAAAUAAUAAAAUAUUUUAUAGGUUAUAAAUAUAAAGUUGUGUUUGUGUACAAUAUAUCCGAGCUUAAAAAUUAAGGAUUCGAUACAUAACACACAGCCAUGAGAAUAACAAAUAUUUUAUUUUCUAAAGUGGGAAAAUGGUCUAAACAGUUUUCAAAUUUACCAGAUAGGUAUAUAGAACGUGCUAUGGAACAGGUAUAUUGGAGAAAUCCUACGGGAAUGCAGUAUAAACCAAAUGCAGUUGUAAAACGCAAAAAAUUUCAUUUCACAAUGAAUAGACCCUGGACAGCAGAAUUUCGGCAAGAUAAUGCACCUGGCAAGUUGAGUCCGAAGGUAUUUGUUGAACCGAUUAGGGAGUGGAGCUUCUUCAGGGGAGAUCGUGUGGAAAUAUUAGUAGGUAAAGAUAAAGGCAAACAAGGCAUAGUUAAACAGAUAAUACAAGAGAGAAAUUGGGUUAUUGUUGAAGGCCUGAACUGCGAAUUGAAACAACUUGGAGACGAUAAAGAGUUUUCUGGAGUCUAUGUCCAAUCGGAAAAACCUUUGUUAGUAACCAAUGAAGUACGUUUAGUAGAUCCAUCAGACUUAACAGGAACAUCCAUUGAAUGGCGAUUCACAGAAGACGGACAAAGAGUAAGAGUGUCUACUAGAACAGGGAGAAUUAUACCUAUGCCAGCAUCUGCUGAAGAAACCAUCGAUUAUAAAACUAAAGCUACAUAUAAGGAACAACCUAAAGACACUACUGCUGCUGCUGUUAGCGAAAUUACCUUCGAACCCCGGCUGUGUACAUUUGAAAUGGACAUUAUGGAAAAAAUGAACAUCAAAGAAGAUAGGGUACCACCAAAAUCAUAUUGGUAUUAGUUAAUUUCCUUCUCAUAUAGAUGUAGAAUGUAGAUUUAUUUUAAAGCAAAAGUUGACCUUUAUAAAAUUUUUGAAGCUAUAAUAAUAAUGUGUGAAUCGACUGUAUUUGUUCUUUAUACAGGUCAAUUUUUAAAUUAAGUCAUAUUUUUUAAAGCAUGUAAAAGUCGUUAAAGUAACAUUUUUGUCAUAUGCAUCAAAAUAAAAAACUUACUGAUUAAUUUCCAAAACAUUAAUUCUGGUUCUUAUUCUAUUAAUCUUCUCACAGAGAAGGUAAGGUAAUCAGAUUUUUGUAAUUUUGGUUCGACUCGUCGCGUGAUAUUUUUUUUUCAAAACACCAUAUGAUUUUUUUAUUCUUUUC